GGGCCGAGCACACUUCAACUGUGCGUGAUUAAAAUUUAUCAUAAAUAAAAGGAUUGGAAGCGAUAAAUCGAAAAUUCCAAAAGGACGCUAUCGGGCGGCCGGGCACGUGUCCGGGUGGAUCACACGCGUUCGUGCAAAUCAGAAGAAACAUCCAAAAGAGAAAAAUAUCGAGGCGAGCUGGGGAGUGAUUUCAAAAGGAAAGGAAAAUGGAAAGUAAUAAGAGGAAAACUGAUAAGGAACUCUUGCAUGAAGUGUGGAGACUCCUGAUCAGACAACAUUUAAUCGAAGGAAACCACGAGGGAGAACUAGUCUCCCUGGCAAUAGUAGACGAUAAAGUGUAUGUUCUACCAGACAAAGGAACAGGAUAUGUAACAGAUAAAAGAGAAUUCACAGGGGAUCAAUGGAGAUGUCUAACUGUGUUAGAAGCUGCAUUGUUGGCCGAAAAUAAGCCAAUGUAUCUACCAGGUUACGGUCCGAAGAGUCCAAUGUCAACAACAGCUGUAAUCGAGUAUAGGUCAAGGAACAUGAACAAAGACUUGGGAAACACGGAGGCGAGGGCCACAGGCGAGUCCAAGUCAAGCAAAUUGACUGGAGGCGAGACGAAUGGCGGCGAGAUAAGUGCAGGCGGGAAAAACACAGAUGAUGAAACAGUUGAGCCUAACGGCAACAAGACUGUCAAGACAGUUUCUGUAGACAUACAGCUGGCUGAGCUGAAGAGCAUGGUGGAAAAAUUGUGCAACUCAAAUAUAACUUCAACAAAGGCACUGUAUGAAAGUUUAACAGAGAACAGAAACCAGUUAAGACUAAAUGCUGAGGCGAGAGCAAAAGAUAAAAAGGAAGUACAGGAGCUGUUGAGUGCCCUGGACAAAAAGCACAACGAUAAAAUAGAAGAAGUAAAAAGAACUUUCAAUGAAUAUCGCACUAAUGUCGAAUCAUCAAUUAAGCACAAGGGGCCGAGGUGUUUUGCCUGUCAGGCGUAUGGGCACAAAGGACCAGACUGUCCCAAUAAAGGGAAAGGAUACUUGUGCUACAAGUGCAAUCAAUUUGGGAAUCACAAGGCGAGAGAUUGCCCAAACAUAACUAACAAUGACAAUGCACCAAGUGGUCCGGGAUACUCUAAACAGACUCCAAGGUACAAUUCCAAUUUUAAAUUUAACUAUCGAAACAAUUAUCAAGAUCAAUAUAGAGGUAAUGGUAGAGGAAUGAAAAGACCAAUGAGAGGUGAAACAUAUGGUCCAAUUAAAAGAGGAAGAUUUAAUAAGAGUAGGUUCUCCUAUAAGAGAAGUGAGAACAAACAUGGGUUUAAGUCAUCUCACAAAUCAAUCAAGAAAUCUAAUCCCGACAAAACUACAGAGAAAAAUAACUCCAAUCAAGGAAGUAACCGAUUAGGCGAGAUGGAAACUGAGGAGUUAAAACCAACUGAAAUUACCUGACAAGAAUACUGAGGCGAGAUAAAGUUACCAAAAAUAAGAAUAAGAAAUUUUGUGAUUAACGAGAAUAGAAUACU